ACUGCCCUGCUGUCUCUCCCUGGACGCGCCAGCGCCCCGCCACCUGCGGCCGGGGGCUCAGUGCCCACAGCCCUUCGGUAGGCGGCUUUGCUCUGCCCAAGGGUCAGAGGUGCGCGUGACUGUCGUCUAGGGUGCGAAGGGUGUACCAAUCGCAGCCGUGGGCGCAGAACCGGGACGCCCCGCCCUCGGGGCCACUGCUCGCGCCUUCUCGUCGUAGUCGCGAACGCCGUCCGCCCGGGAGGCGCCCUGCGACCCGCGCGAUGAGUGCCAACGAGGACCAGGAGAUGGAACUGGAAGCAUUACGCUCUAUAUAUGAAGGAGACGAAAGUUUCCGGGAAUUAAGUCCAGUUUCAUUCCAGUAUAGGAUAGGUGAGAAUGGCGAUCCCAAAGCCUUCCUGAUAGAGAUUUCCUGGACAGAAACGUAUCCCCAGACGCCUCCCAUCAUAUCUAUGAACGCUUUUUUUAACAACACCAUAUCCUCCGCUGUAAAGCAGAGCAUUUUGGCCAAGUUACAGGAGGCCGUGGAAGUGAACCUGGGCACCGCCAUGACCUACACACUGUUCGAGUACGCCAAGGACCACAGGGAGCAGUUCAUGGAGAACCACCGUCCCGCCGCGUCCGCGACAUCCAUGAGCAAUAUCAUCUCAGCUGAAACUCCAACUAUGGCCCCAUCAAGUAAGAAAAAAGACAAAAAAGAACAACUUUCCAAAGCCCAGAAACGUAAACUGGCAGAUAAAACAGAUCACAAAGGCGAACGUCCGCGAGGGUGGAACUGGGUUGACGUGGUGAAGGUACGUACUAUUUCUGUUCUGGCCUCAGGGCUCCGUAGGACUGUCACCGUCAAGUAA